AUGAAGAUAGACCAAAUAGCGAACAAUUGUGCACUGCCAACCAAGCUUACUCCACUCUACUACGUGAACACCGUGCCCAGCAGUCUGGCAGCUAUGCCAAUUUCCAACCACAACCAGGGCCCCAACGUGGACGCCCCACUAAACCUAAAUCUGUCAAGCUCGCCGCACUACCGGCACCUUCACCAGCUUGCAGCAGACGACGCCUCGGCAACACACAAGGUCAGUCUUGAUGUGCAACAAUUCAGACCUGAUGAGAUAUCUGUGAAAAAGAUUGAUGACUUCGUCGUUGUCGAGGGAAAACAUGACGAGCGAAAGGAUGGACAUGGUUACGUUUCUCGUCAAUUUACCCGGCGUUACAGGUUACCAGACGACAUAGAAGUUGACCAAAUGGUGUCAAAACUGUCGGCAGAUGGUGUGCUUACAAUAACAGCACCGAAGAAGACAUUGCCGCCUUCUGAAUCAAGGGAGCGUAUUGUUCCCAUCGUACACACAAAUCAGCCAGCUGUUGCACAGAGUGCUCCUUCUAGGGAAUCUGGAGAUAAUGAGAUACAAGAAACCAUUGUGCAGUAAUUUCUUAAUGUUAAUUCCUAACAUGAAAUU